AGGGAUGUUUAAACUUCUUUUUCGCUUGAUCGCGCAGAGAGGAAGAGAAAGAUGGAAGUGGAUCCCUUCCUCCAAAGCUUUGAUUCAUCCGAUCUCCAGAUCGCGAAGGAGUUUCUCACGAAUUGGCUGCCCUUCCUAACCAAGGAUCUCUGCGAGGGGUGCGCGGCCUCUCUUCUUGACCGAAUCCAAUCACUCAGUCCAGUAGAUGAGCAGCGUAGGUACGACCCCGGGGAAGAGGAGGUUGAUGGCGGAGGGGAGGAAUCGGGCUUAGGUGCCGGCGAGGAGAGAUCGAGUAUGGCUGUAGGGGCUGAUGAAUUCUGUAGAGCUUCUACGGAUGGAUGGGAGCAUAUCAAGGCCACGGGUUGGGAUACAGAUCCGGCGACGGAAUCGCCUAAGGUGCGUAUGUCCUGGGCAGAUGAAUUGGAAGAAGAGGAAGAAGAGGAGGCGAGGAAGAACAGUUUGGAGGAUGAGAUGGAGGAAGGAAAGGGAGAGAUGAGGAUGAAGAAAACCGAGCUUUCUAGAGAGCAGAGAGAACGGAUACGAUUUUCAAGCGUUGGAAGGAAGAAGGACUUUGUUUGCCUUGAGAGGAUAGAUGGAAAGAUAGUGAAUAUUUUGGAGGGUAUUGAACUGCAUACUGGUGUUUUUAGUGCCGCGGAACAGAAGAAGAUUGUGAACUUUGUGUAUGAACUGGAAAUGAAAGGGAGGAACUAUGAGCUGGACGAGCAAACAUAUUCCGAAGAAUCUGAUUCCAGAAAUUAUUUGCGCGAAGCAAGUUCCACAAUCCAAUUUGGAUGUUGUUAUAACAAUAAACAAAAUGAAAAUCCUUCGGGCAUCCUUCGCAAUUCAACAGCUAAUCCUAUACCAAAUAUCUUCAAGCUUAUGAUAAAAAGGUUGAUUGGAUGGCAUGUGAUGCCUGUGUCUUGUGUACCUGAUAGCUGCAGUGUUAAUAUCUAUGAACCUGGCUAUUCUGUGCAACCUAAUAUUGAGAGCCAUGAUUUUGUUCGUCCAUUCUGCACAGUUUCAUUUUUAAGUGAGUGCAAUAUGGUUUUUGGAUUCAACCUGCAAGUUGCUGAUGCAGGGGAGGUGAAGGGAUCAGCUCCAAUCCCACUUCCAGUUGGGUCUGUGAUCGUUUUAAAUGGUAAUGGAGCUAAUAUUGCAAAGCAUUGGGUACCAGCAGCCCCUUCUAAAAGGAUAUCUAUUACUUUUAGAAAAAUGGCUGAGAAUAAACGGCCACUUGGGUUUAGGCUCGAGCCAGAUUUACAAAAUAUCCAACCAUAUGAUUUAGGUUCAGCCACCGAGUCCCAAACUGAGAACAAGGAAAAGGAGUCUUUUGUUGAGAUCAGAACAAUGGGGAGAGGGAAGAAGUUCAAUGGAAGAUCUAACGGACCGAGAGGUCGACGAAAUUUCAGGAAUGAUGGAGCUUCUGCUUCUGUAUUCGAUCGAAUAACUCCUGCAAAGAAAUUAUCUCAUUCAUCAGCUGAUGCAGACUUUACAAGAAAUCAUAGUACUGCAGAGAGAGCAAGGAAUUCCAAAUCUUUCUUUGCACCAGAAUAUGAAGCAGAUUUACAAGAUCAUCCAGAUGAGACUGAAGAGCUUCAGGAGAGAGUUCACCAUGGUUGGAUGAAUGAAGAGGGUGGCCAUUAUGAUCGGAAUAAGUUCUCGAAUGACAGGAGUGUUCGAAUGGAGCAGAAGCGGAUCAUCAUAACUCGUAAUAUAGACAGAGAAGAUGAUUCCUUCAGCAGGAGAAGUCCUGAGUUUAACCCAGUUCAUGCUCCUCAGGUAAGAAUCAGAACCCUUAAGAACCAUCAAAGAAGGGUGAGGAUGAACCAGUAAUUCUACUACCAUGCAUGGCUGUGUCAUCACAAGGAGAUCCAUUAAUGUUGAGUGAGUUUUCUCUUGUGAAAUAGCCAUAAUUUGAUGUGGUUGAUCAUCAUAUUCAUUGUUAUUUAAACAAAGCUAUCGCUUGGUGGAUCAUCAGAAUCAUUAUUAUCCAAUUAUGCAAUUAAUUUUGAACAA